UAAGCAUAUCGACACAAUCACUAAAGUAAACUACAAGACAACUAAUCUAUUAAUUGACAUGCUCAAUGCCACAAGGACUUUUAUUCAUAGAAAUAGCUGGGGCUUCCAAAAUAAAACAACAGGACAAUGGCACGGAAUGUUAGGGGAUAUUCUGGAAGGAAAAGCAGAAAUUGGUGGGACAUCUCUAUUCAUAAUUCCCGAAAGAGUUUCAAUCAUUGAGUAUCUCACUUUAACAGUCUCGACUCACGGAGCUUUUAUCUUUAGACCUCCGCCUUUGUCCUACGUGACAAAUAUCUUUUACCUGCCCUUCCAAGGAUACGUAUGGCUUUCUUGCCUUGCUCUUCUUAUUCUCUGUACAUCAAUUUUUUUUCUCACUUGGCAAUGGAACCUCAAAAUUACUGAAAAUAAACAGAAAAAUGAGCAGUUGAGGAUAAGUGAUGCUGUAUUAACAGCAGUAGGGGCUGUCACUCAGCAAGGAUCUGAAAGGGAACCAAGAAUGAUGUCAGGAAAGGUGUCCUCAUUCUGUUUGUUUGUGGCCAUGUUUUUCUUGUAUAUUUCUUAUACAGCGAACAUUGUUGCACUUCUUCAGUCUACAACCAAUAGUAUUUCUACACUAAAGCAUCUUCUGGAUUCGAACUUAGAAUUUGGAGUAGAAGAUAUUGUCUAUAAUCGUUAUUACUUUCCACGAAUGAAUGAACCUAUUCGGAAAGCAAUUUAUGAAACUAAAAUCGCUCCCCCUGGAAAAAAAGAGAAAUUUCUAAGCCCAUCUGAAGGUAUAGCUAAAGUUCGGCAAGGUCUCUUUGCAUUUUAUACUGAGGGAACUCGUGGCUACAAAUUAAUCGAAGAAACUUUUUACGAAAGCGAAAAAUGUGGACUCAUGGAAAUUGAAUACCUACAAUUUACUGAUCCGUGGUUUUCAAUCCAGAAGAACUCUCCAUACAAAGAAGUCAUGAAAGUCAGUCUUUUCAAAAUGAAGGAGUUUGGAGUUGAACAUCGUGAAUCUUCAAAGCUGUACCAGAAAAAACCAGUUUGUUCAGCUAAGGGACAAAAUUUUGAUAGUGUCCGUCUGAUUGAUUGUUAUAUGACAAUUACGAUAAUAUUGUCGGGAUAUGCCAUGUCAUUUAUAAUCUUUGUGCUUGAGCACUUGAUAAAGAAAAGACCAUUUCGUAUACCUGAGAGUUUUUGUCUUUUCUAAGUGUCAUUAGGCAUUUCAAUUCAAUCGAUUUAGUCCAAUCAGGUUACUCUUAAAUAAUUCUGAAUUUUAUGUCAAUAUCAAAAUUUCCGAAAUUAUGAAAGAAGUUUUUAUGUUAAUUACAAUCUUCAAUAAAUUUAUGAUAUAAUUUGUUGUUCAAAGGAAUUAUGUGAUGUGAGAAUAAAUAUAGAAACUAUUGUAAUUAACACAUCAUGUAUAGAUAAAUAGAAGCGUUAAACUUAAACAACCAAGAAACACAUUUGCACAUUCAUCUUAUGAAGUCACUUUGAUACCUUUGAUAAUUCCGAGAACCAGAAAGCAGUUUAAAAUUGAAUUUCCUUGUGAAAUAGUAUUAUUAGCAUAGCUUUCAAAUAUCUCAGAUUAUAUUACCUUCUCACUAAAAUAUUCCUAUAAUCUAGAACAUGCAAUACUUUCUGAGUACAUAUUAUAAUUAAUUAGAGGGUUCAAUCACAGAAUUAACCAUAUAAUCAUAUAUCCUGCAAUUGUAUAAAAGAAAUUUGACUUAAUGUUUCUUUGUCA